AUGGAAUGGGUAGACUCAAUUAUUGUCAUAGUUUCAUUCGUUGUCGACGUCUAUUUUGCUGAAGGACAAAAUACACUGGCAGAAAUUUCCCUGCUGUUUAUAUCGCUUCGUUUAUGGCGUAUCGUACGAAUUAUUAAUAGUGUUGCUCAAUCGAUACGCUCGCAAGAUGAAACAGCGAAGAAAGAUUUAGCGAAUACUUACACACAAAUAGUCGAAUCGUUGUUAGACGUUCUCACGAAGAAAACUGAAGUCGCAACAGAAGUCCGACAAGAGUUAACCCGAGAGAAUGCUGACAAAAUGGUGGAAAAAUUUACGUCAAUCGAUCGAUUAUGCCGUUCCAUAUUAGCACAUUGUCCAAAACCUUCAUCACGAAAUGCCGUUACUGGUAUUGCGCAGAAUCUGCAAGAUGCUCUCGAACAAGUGCGCUCAUCAUCAUCAACAUUGGGUAUUAAAAAAACAACAAACCUUCCGUAG